AUGUUUGCAUAUGCAAGCGCAAGCCCGAUUUCCAUCGACGAAGAGAUGAACAAGAGAUUGGUGCGGAAGAUUGAUUGGCAUAUCCUCCCAUGGCUGUGCCUGCUGUAUGUCCUGCAGUAUCUGGAUAAGGGCGUGAUCUCCUACGCUGGCGUCAUGGGCAUUCAAACCGAGACUGGCCUCAGCUCUUCCCAGUUCACUUGGCUUGGUUCAAUUUACUACGCCGGAUAUAUCGUCGCCGCCCCCGUUCAUAACCGCAUGUUCCAGGCAUAUCCACCGUCGAAAUGGAUCGCAUGCUGCGUAGUCGCUUGGGGGAUCGUGCUCUCCUGUAUGGCGGCGUGCGAGAACUUCGCGGGCCUGAUGGUGCAACGGACUCUGCUCGGCGCGCUCGAAGCCUCCAUCAACUGCGGGUUCAGUCUCAUCACUGCGGCUUGGUACCGCAAGUAUGAGCACGGCACUCGGACGGGCAUCUGGUCGUCGUGCACCGGUUUUGCGAACAUGAUCGGUGGCCUCAUCGCUUUCGGUUGUGUGAGCGGCCAGGCCAAGCAUCCAUCUGCGCUCUCUAGCUGGAAGAUUUUGUCGCUCAUCACUGGUCUGGUUUCUAUCAUCUUCGGAACAUGCAUGUGGCUCUUCAUGGCGGCUUCGGCGGUCGAGGCUCGCUUCUUCACCGAAGAUGAGAAGACGCUGGCGGUAGAACGGUUGCGCGACAACCACCAAGGCGCUGGAUCGACGCAGUACAAGCGCUACCAGGCAAAGGAGGCUCUCUUGGAUUGUAGGACCUGGAUGUACACCGUCUUCGUGCUCUCCUCUCAGAUUCCAGCGGCCGGCCUUAUCCUGCUUCAGUCCAUCCUGAUCAAGAGCUUGGGAUUCACCACCAAAGAGACGUUGCUCUUGAACAUCCCUCAAGGCUUCAUCACCAUCCUGUGUAACCUGUCUUUCGGCUCUCUUGCAGACAUCACGAAACAGCGUUCUGGCUCGGCUAUUGCGGCGGGCGUAUUCUCGCUGUUCUGGGCCGCGCUGUAUAUGGGACUGGGGAACGUCAGCCCGUUUUACAAGAAGUAUGGCCAGCUAGUCGCGUACUUCUUCAUGAGCGGUUCCUGCUCGACAUCGUGGUUUGUCGUCAUCAGCAUGAUGUCGAGUAAUGUUCUGGGCACCACGAAGAAGACGACGGUCAACUCGGUUGUCUUUCUGAUCUUGGGCGUCGCAUACUUCGUGGGGCCGCAGACUUUUAGAGACGCGCCGUACUAUGCGCAUGCGAAGACGUCGCUCAUCGUGCUUUGGACGGUGUCCAUCCUGGUGCUGGCCGCGUUCUAUAUGCUGAACAGGAGGGAGAACGGGCAGAGAGACGAGACGCAAGGGGAGAGGCGGGACGCAGACGAGAGGGGAACUGGGAAUAUUGAGUUCAUGGACCUAACGGACAAGGAGAAUAAGCUAUUUAGGUACGUGUUGUGA